GAAACAGACAAAUAAAUAAAUAAAUAAAUUAAAAAAAUUGAAGCGUUUCUGAAAUUCGAAAAUCCAGAACCACCGCCAUAGAUCCCCUACCUCUCUCUCUCUCUCUCUGCCUCUCUUCAUCGCCGAAGCACUAGGGUCUCUUACUAUUAAGCAAUGAAGAAAGGAGCGAAGAGAAAGGGAGCUUCAAAAGCAGGUCGCAAAGGCCCUGCUGCUGACGAGAGUCAGAACGAUGAGGUGGUUGCCGAGUCUCUCGAGGCUUCCACGCAGGAGGAGAGUCAGCAUCCUAACGCGGAAGCGGAAGCUAAACCGGAGAUAACCGAGGUGAAAGACGAUUCUCCUUCUCAGCAACAAGACGACGUCAAGGCCGAGGAAGUUGAUGAGGAUAAGAAGAAACCUGGUCGUCCUCGUGGUGGCAAGCGAAAGAGGGCCACGAAGAAGGAAGUUGAUGCGAAGGACGAGAAGAAACCGCCUCCGAGAGCUAAGAAAGUACGAGUGACCAAACCACAUGAAGAGCCUGAGUACUUCGAGGACGAGCGUAAUCUGGAGGGUUUGUGGAAGGCUGCAUUUCCCGUGGGAACUGAGUGGGACCAGUUGGAUGCACUUUAUGAAUAUAAUUGGGAUUUCAAACACCUUGAAGAAGCAUUGGAGGAAGGUGGAUUCCUCUUUGGGAAGAAAGUCUUUCUUUUCGGCUGUACAGAACCCCAGUUAGUCCCCUUCAAAGGUGCAAACAAGAUUCUCCAUGUCCCAGCAGUUGUUGCUGUUGAAUCACCCUUUCCACCUUCUGAUAAGAUAGGAAUCACGUCGGUUCAGAGGGAAGUGGAGGAAAUCAUUCCAAUGAAGACGAUGAAAAUGGACUGGCUUCCUUACAUUCCGCUUGAGAACAGAGCUAGACAAGUUGAUAGGAUGAACUUUCAAAUUUUUGUCUUGGGCUGUACGCGGAGGAGAGCUGCUCUGAGACAUAUGAAGGAAGAUCUCGUUAAGAAGUACGAGUAUUGCCUUCCUUAUUUCUACCAGCCAUUUAAGGAAGAUGAACUUGAACAGAGUACUGAGGUCCAGAUAAUGUUCCCCUGUGAACCGCCGGUUGUAUGUGAGUUUGACUGGGAGUUUGACGAACUUGAGGAAUUUGUUGAUAAGCUGAUCGAAGAGGAAGCCUUACCUGCAGAUCAAAAGGAUAAGUUCAAGGAAUAUGUCAAAGUGCAAGUUCGAGCUGCAAAGAAAGCUAACCGAGAGGCCAAAGAUGCUCGAAGGAAGGCAAUAGAAGAAAUGAGCGAAGAUACUAAGCAAGCCUUUCAAAGCAUGAAGUUCUACAAAUUCUACCCUCUGCCUUCAUCAGAAACACCAGACGUCUCUGGAGUCAAGUCGCCAUUCAUCAACCGAUACUAUGGAAAGGCUGAUCAAGUCCUUUGAUCCAGAAUAGUUUUCUUGGCAGCUUCAGCAGAAAUCGAACUUAGAUUUAAAUUACAGGUGCUCUCAGAAACUCUUUGAGCUUUAUUUGUAGUUAAAAAGCCAAGUUUGAACGACGAAGUGUAUUUUUGUUCAUCUAUGAGUGUAUUCUAUCUUUGAAGCGUCACAGGAAUAAUUAUUUUAGGUGGAAAUUUUGAGACGGCUAUUUAUAAUUCUACUUUCUUAGUUUGCAA